CUAAAAACUUUAUAUUAUUUCUAAAUAAGUAGCAAGUAGGUCAAACAAUAUUAUUUAGUUAAUACUAAGAAAAAAGGAUAUUUUAAUUUUUAGAUUAAAGGAAAAUAUUUAAGUUUCGAUUUAUCAAUAAAUAUCAGAUAGAUGAAAAAGGGAUAACGCUUAAAAGAAUAUAAACUAUCUGAAGCACUUAAAUCAUUUCCUUAGAAAGAUUCUAAUUUAAUAAAUCUAUCUUUCAAAAACAUAUCUGUUAUUGAUAAUGUACCAAAGAAAUAUCAUGCUGUAGAAUCUUUAGACUUAAGGGGAAACAUUUUAACUUCUAUUAAAGGAGUUACAUAAUUUUAAAAGCUUGUUCAUUUAAAUCUGGCAACCAACAAUAUUCUUAAUCUUGAAAACCUACUCUUCCUCAAAGAUCUAUAACAAUUGAGAUGGCUUUCACUUGAAGAUAACCCUAUAAAAGAUUAAAUAAAUUAUGUUUACACAAUUAUCACUUUAUUGCCAAACCUAUAAUUUUUGGAUGGUGCUAAAAUAAGUGAAAGCUUAAAGAAGGAAAGUGAAGAAAGCUUAAAAUAAUAAGAUCAAAUGUUGGAUGUUCUUUUAAAAAACUAUAUUGAAUUAAUACAGUUAAAUGAUGCUCUAAAAAAGAUAAGACUACACUCAGAGCUCAAAACUGAAUACAAUUUUAAUCUAGAUACACCACCUUUUUGUAUUGAAAAAUACUAGAGAUAUUUUAAGUUGCAGAGAAUAUUUGAUAAUUAAGAUCCUGAUAUUUGCGUUUAAUUUAAAAUUUCCCUUCUUAAUGAUGCCCAUCUACUUCUUAGCGAACCUUAAAGCAUUGAUAGCUUAAAUGAGGCAUUUGAACAACUUCGUUAAAAGCAAAUUGAUAAGAAACUAGAAUUAAUUGAUAAAAUAGAAUAAAUUAUCUAAGAAUAAAAUAAUGAAUUUUUUAAAUAAAAAUUAGCUCCUCAUUCAUAAAAUGUAUAUAAAUCUUCAAGGUCAAUGAGUGCAUCAAAGAAAUCACAGCUUAAUAAGAGCAAUAGUAGUUCACUAUUAAGGAGUAGCUCACAUAAGAAAAUAGGAGUGCCUUAAUAAAACUAAGAGAAUAUAGAAUAAACAUAUUAAAAUAAGAAUAUUCAUCAUACAUUUAACACAAAUAAUUCUUAAAUGAAUUUAAGUAUUAUGAGCAAUGGGGGAAACUAGAGCAGGAGACAGUUGAAUAGCUCAAACUAAAAAUUACAGCAUUAAACAAGUUCUCAAUCAUAUUUUUCAACUUCUAGAAUUAACAACUCUCUAAAUACCAUGAACAAAUUUACUAAAUUAACAGAAUUCGCAAAUCAUCCAUCAAAUUGUCUAAAACUAAGAAAUAGUGAUAAAGAUACUUUAAUAUGUUAGUUGAGUGAGUCUCUUAAUGCUAAAAUUGCUGAAUAUGUUAAACUUGAAGAAACAAAUUAACGUUUAAGAGUUGAAAUAAACGACUAAUGCAAAUAGGCUGAUAAUAUUAAUUCAGAUUUAUAAAACUAAGUCUUAUUUAAAGAAGAAUAAAUUAAAAACUGUUAAGAAUAAAUGAAAGCCAUGGAAUAAUCAUUAAAAGACACUAAAUAAAAGCUAAACGUUCUCAUAUUUCAAAAUUAUGAAAUGGAGAGAUGCAAAAGUAACUUAGAUAAAUCUGAAUAAAUUAUUUAAAGCAUGAAUGCUGCGUUUUAAUAUCAAGAAUUUCUAGAUGAAAAAGAAUCAUUUGCUAGAGAUUAUUAUAAUAAACGAGUUUUAUAGUUCGGCCUUAAUUGCCUAAAAUUUGCUACUUAAUAAACUAAAAAGGUUAAUUCCUUUUAGCAAAAAAUUGAGAAUAAAUUUAUGCACAAUUAAGGAGCAUUUUUGUUUAAAAAAUGGAUAGAAUUCACCAUUAAAGGAUAACGUGUAAAGCAUUAAUAAGCUGUUUAGAAUAACUAAAUAGUAACAACGUUUUUCAAAUAAUGGAAAAAUAAUGCUGCAUUCAGUAAAAAUAUUUAAAAAUUUAAACUGAAAUAACAAAAAAGAAUAGAAUUAGAAACAUAUUGUAAAAUAAAAGAUUUUGCUAGAGGUUCAAAAAAAUUAAAAGUUUAAGAUUCUGUCGCUGUAAAAUUUCACUAAAAAAAGUUAAAAAAAGUUGCUUUUUAACUAAUUAAGUUAUUUUAUUAAAAAUAUAACAUCGUUAACAAAAAAGAGCUUAAUGCUAUAAAUCGACAGGCUUAAAAUCAUUACACAAAUUACAAAAAGAAAGUCGUUUUAUUUUUUUGGAAAAAUUACAUUAAAUAGAAUGUUUUACCUAUGAAGGAAAAAUCUAAAAAGAGUUUAAUUCACUUUAAUUCUAAAAUACUUUAAAAAUCGUUCUACAGAUGGACUAUUUUAAGAACAGUUAGACUUCAAAAUGAGCAAAAAGCUGAAUUAGCUGCUUAGAGAAAACAAAAAAAAUUUUUAUAAAAGUUGUUAUGGAGAUGGAAAGAUGACUAUCAUAAGAUAUAUGUUAAAAAGAAAACAUUUAGCAGUAAAUACAACUUUUAAUUAAAAAUAAAAUACUUUAAGGCACUAUGCUAAGCCAAGACAAUAAGAGAGAAUAAAAUUGCAAAGUAGUUAUCCUUAUAAUCUAAAAUCGAUCAUAAACUUAUUAUUAAAGUGAUAAAAUCAUUAAAAAUGAAUGUUUCCAAUAAUAAAAAAAUAGAAAAAAGGGCUAACUAAAUUAUUUCAGAAAAAAAUUAAUAAAUUCUGUAAAAAUACUUCAAAGGAGUUAAGUAGUAUUUAUAGGAGUAAAAGAUAUAGAAAGAAAGAGUCAAGAAAAUAGAAUUAAAGAUAUAAUCAAAAUACUUGAACAUUAUGAAAAAGAAGGCUGAUAGGUAAGCUAACAGAAAGGCAAAGAGCAUUGCUUUAAAAAGCCAAAAGGUUUUUAAAUUAAAUUAAAAUUUUUAAAAAGCUUUCUAAUUCUGGAAAGUUUAUGUUGCUAAAUAAAAAAGAUAACAAAGAUUGCUAAGUAAAGCUGAAUUUUAUCAUAAAUAAAGAGUAUUUCAUUACUUGAUUUUGGGAAUAAAGGACAAUAAUAUAUAGUAAUUUAAAAGAAAAAUCAUUGAAUAGGAGCUUAUGCUUAAGAGUCUACAGGAUGCAUGCAACUAAAAUAUGAGAUAUGCUAACGAAGCUGAUAAUAAAUAAAUUGAUUAUAUUAACAAACUAGAUAUUCUCAGUUAAAACAUAGAUUUUUUGAAAUCUGAAAUUACUGAAAAGGAUAUGUUUAUUCAAGAAUUAAAGUUAAAUAUUUCUUAAAAAAAUGAAUAAAUUGAAAAUUUAUAAACCGAACACAUGAUUACUUCAACAGAAAAUAAAGAACUUCUGAAAAAGCUAAAUAUUUUAGACAAUGAACUUGUCAAUAAAUCUUCUAAGUAUGAGUAAAUGAUAUUUGAUUUGAAGGAGUAAUAUUCUCAACUCAAUAUGAACAUUUAAUAAAUGCAAUCUGAUUUUGAAAUUAAAGAAAGAGGAUACAAAGAAUAAUAUGGAGCAUUAUCUAUUAAAAACGCUUCUUAAGAUAAUUAUAUUGCCAAAUUAGAAUAGCUUAAAGUAGAGCUAGAAGAAAGAUGCACAUCUGCAGAAAUACUAUCUUAAAAUUAAAAAAAUGAGAAUUAAGACUUGCUUAGGGUUAUUUCAAGCUUUGAAGACGAAAGAGAUCAGUAUAAAUAAAAGAUAGAAGAAUGUCUUAAGUUAAUUGAAGAAAGCAGUGCGAUUUAUGAAAAUAAAUUACUUGAAUUAAAAGAGGAAAAGAAUAACUUGGAUACUGAAAAUAUUGUUUUAAAAGAGAAAAAUCACAGAUAAGAAAAUGAAAUUUUAGAUUUGAAGAAUGAUUUAAGAAGAUUAGAGUAUCAGGUUGAAUUAAUGGUAGUAGAGCAGCAUAAAUAAACUAUCUAAUUUAUAGAUAAUCUAAGCAAUAAUAAUAAUCCUAAUAAUAUAAAUACUAAUUAAGUAGGAAGUAACAAUAGUACAGCAAAUAAAUUUUAUCAAAAUUUUAAUGCAAACUAGUUCAAAGUAAAUUAAAAUAAUCAAUACGAUUCCAUUUAGCAACCAAACUAUGAAACAUUGGCAUAAGUUUCUACUCCAAUAUAAACCCCAAAAGCAGAAUAUACUUAUGAAAGUGCUAUUAACAACAACUAUGUAUCUUCAAGAGCAAUUCAAAGCAUUGAUGAAAGAUAGUUGCAACAGUAAUUUGUUAACAUUCAAGAUUUCCUAAGACCUAGAAGACAAGAUAUUUCUCCUUUAAAGAGCUAUUUAACAAGCAGAAGAGAAAAGUCAUAAUAAAAAGAAGAGCAUGUUUAUGUUCUCCCACAGACCUAAAAAGCACAAACUUCGAAAAGAAUAUCAAUUACAUCACCAUCUUAAUUUGAAAAUAAAGCAGAAACAUCUAACUUUUAUUUAAAAUCUUAACCUUAGCUCAAUCAAACCUAGCACUAUUAAAUUUAAAAUUACUUAGCACAAAACUCUUAAAAUAGCUAAUAAACUUAAAAAUUUCCAUAAUAGAAUUUAAUUAUUGAUAGCAUACAAAAGGAAGUAAGAUCAAUGAAAUCUAACACAUCUGCUUUAAAAUUAAAUAUCGAAAGAAGGCUAUAAAAUUUGAACCAAAAUCUUGAUUCAGACAUUAUAACACUUAAAUAACAAAGACUUAAUUCUUAAAAUGAAGAUUUUGAAUAAUAUGAUCUUUGA